AUGGAAAUUAUUCCCGGUAAACUACCUGGUUCUACACUUUUUUUUUAUAAUGGUUACAUAUAUUUGGAGGACAAGCAAUGUAAAAAAGUCGCUGGAUGUUCUUCGAGAAAAUCAGGAUGCAAGGCUACGCUGCAUUUCACCGAAGACAUUUCUAACAUUGGCGACGUUAGAGAUUUGCAUGAGGGCAUCGAUUUCAGAGUGAAAAAAGAGCAUACCGAUUUACCAGACGUUGACUGCAACGUCUGGAAAACUUUGUGUGAAGCAAUGAAGGAAAAGGCCACGGCGACAACAGAGCGGCUGAAGGAUAUUUUUGAUUCAACUUCGUUGGUUUGUCCCGAAGUUAGUUCAAAACACUCAUUCCAUUCAGUGAGGAGUAUUUUAUCAAGAACUCGAAUGAAAAGCCGGCCGAAGAUACCGGACACUCUUGAUGAGAUGGGGAAGUUGUUAAAAAGUAACCUUUUUUUAAAAGGCCACGUUACAUCUAGCUCCAAUAAAACCGGCCUUAUAUUUUCCACUGACAUUUUACUCGUUGGUUUUUCUGAGUGCAGCGAAAUAUUCAUGGAUAGCACGUUUUCGCGCACUGCAGUAAAACCAAAAAUGGAACAAAUAUACACCAUCCAUUAUAAACUGAAAGGAACGUAUAUUGCUGCCAUGAUGGUAUUAACAGAGAAUAGAGACACAUCAAUGUAUAAUGCUAUAUUUAAAUGGAUUACUAAUGAGUUUCCUGAUUUAAAAAAUAAAAAAAUUCACAUCAUGAGUGACUUUGAAAAAGCUACGGUCAAAGCACUUAGAAAUAAUUUUCACGGGGCCCAAAUUCAUGGAUGCUACUUUCAUUUUGUACAGGCUGUAAUAAAAAAAUGGCAGGCGAUGAAAUUGAAAACCCCUGAUUCAUUCUUAAGUUUGGUGCUCAAUGUUCCUCUCCUACCUCCUGAUAAUUUUGAUGACGCCGAAAAAAUUUUAAAAAUUGAAAUAGAAAAAAUUAAAAACAUCGAUAUUAAUAUUCUUAUAUUUCUUGAUUAUCUAAAAAAUACUUGGCAAUGUUAUCCAGAUCAUGUAAGUGUUUUUAAUGCACCUACAAACACCAAUGACGGCCCAGAAAACUUUAAUAGAUACAGCAAUGAAAUUAUUGGUGAAAAACAUCCGGAAUUUUGGACGCUCUUAGAUUUCAGAUAAAAAAAAAAGUAACAAGACUAAUAGCGGUUCACCUGCCAAUAGCGGACCACUAAUUAUUUCAUGCAAUCAAUAAAAAAAAAUGACAAGUAUAAUAUUUUACAAGAAUUAUAUUUUUUUUCAAUUUGUAUAUAUUAAAAUACAUAUAAACAUUGUUAUAACAUUUAUACAAAUGAAAAAAAAAUAUAUAUAUAUACAUAAGACUUUCCGGUUCAUUAUAGACGCGAUAAAUGAAAUAAGUCGAUAAUGGUGGUUAUGUCCUUAAUCCAAUUAAAUUUUAUUAAUAAAUAU